UAUACCCAUCCUCCAUGUGCGGCAUGGAAGUCGCAGAGGAAUCGCCAGAUGCGGUGAGAGAGAGAGAGAGAGAGAAUCGCAUUCGGCGAUUCCCCUCUCUCUCCUCUUGCCCCUCACGCGUUCACGCUUUUCUUCGCCAAAUCGCGGAGAGGCUCUCAAGAUCCGUAAGUAGGGUGGAGCAAUGGACAGCGUCGGCUCUCAAGGGGAAAUCCCUUCUUCGGGGAGCUCAUCUGAUCAGCUGAAGCCCUCGGAGAGCAGCCCCUUCGACGCCGGCAGAAAGACGCCAAUUCCUCGCUCUAUGACUGUUGGUGGGGAGAGAACUGUAAAGAGGCUGAAAUUGUCUAAAGCUUUGACGAUGCCUGAAAGUAGUUCCAUACUAGAAGUAUGCCGACGAAUGGCUGCUCGUAGGGUAGACGCUGCAUUGUUGAUCGAAUCAAAUGCUUUUCUUUGUGGAAUUUUAACAGAUAAGGAUAUAGCAACCAGAGUUAUGGCAUGUGAAAUAGAUAUUGAGAAAACACCAGUCUCCGAAGUCAUGACACCGAAUCCUGUCUUCGUUCUUUCUGACACACUAGCGGUGGAAGCGUUACAGAAAAUGUUGAAAGGAAAGUUUAGACAUCUGCCUGUUGUAGAAAAUGGCGAAGUUAUUGCAUUACUAGACAUAGCGAAAUGUCUAUAUGAUGCCAUAGCCCGGAUGGAAAGAGUUGCAGAAAAGGGAAAAGCGAUUGCAGCUGCCGUUGAAGGAUUGGAGAUGAAGUGGGGAGCAACUGUUCCAAGUCCAAACACAUUUAUUGAAUCCCUUCAAGAGAAAAUGUUCAGGCCAUGCUUGUCCACCAUCUUACCGGGUUAUACAAAUAUUGCUGUGGUUUCACGAACGGAUUCAGUCUUAAUGGCAACAAAGAAGAUGCUUGAGCUUGAAGCAAGUUCAGCAAUUGUGACUGUUGGAAAUAAACUCGAGGGAAUACUAACCUCAAGCGAUAUUUUGAUGCGUGUAAUAGCGAAAAGUCUUCCUCCUUCAACCUCUGUGGAGGAGGUCAUGACUGCAAAUCCUGAAUGUGGUACUAUUGAUACGCCAAUCCUUGAUGCACUUCAAAUCAUGAAUGAUGGAAAAUUUCUGCAUCUUCCUGUUGUUGAUCGAGAUGGAAAUAUUAUUUCGGUAAUCGAUGUAAUUCAUGUUACAGAUGCUGCAGUAGCCAUAGUUGAAAGCACCAGCGGCCUUGGAAAUGAAACUGCAGCUUCAAUGAUGCAGAAAUUCUGGGAUUCAGCUAUGGCCAUAGGUCCUUCUGAUGAGGAGGAAUUGCGGAGUGAAGCUUCAAUAAAAUUUGUUUCUGAAGCUGAAACCAGCAGUUCUCCCGCUUUUUCUUUCUCAGGCGUAUCCACUGCGUUUUCCUUCAAGCUAGAAGAUAAAAGGGGCAGGAUGCACAGAUUUAGUUGUGCACAAUCAAAUUGCAGAAAGAGGUAUUGCGAUAUUAAAAAUCACCUGAGACUUCCAAUUUUAGAUACACGGAGCAUGACAGACCUUAUAACUUGCAUCCUCCAGAAGGUGGGCAAUGACAUCAACAGGGACAAUCUACCACAAAUCUUGUAUGAAGACGAGGAUCAUGACAAGGUAGUUCUCUCAACAGACAGUGACCUUGUAGCAGCCGUGGAACAUGCCAAGCUAGCUGGUUGGAAGGGCCUGAGAUUGUACCUCGACACUUGUGCUUCUCAUCGUAGGGCUGACAAAGAAAGCGGGGAAUCGUUCAACGUCGACCAUGCAAGCAGAGACGCCUGGCAAGCUGCGUAUAAAACAAUCGCAGCCGGUGCUGCGCUUGUUGUAGGCCUCAGCAUGGUUGCUUACUUGAAGAGAUCCGGUGGCUCAUCAUGACAUGAAGUAAAUAAAAAAAUAUACAAAAAUAAUCAUACAAUCAUAUAAUUAAAUGGGUCCACAAAAAUUCUCUCCUAAAAAAAUUGCAAGACAUCAUGCUCAAUUAGACAAAGUGGACCCCAAAUAAUUUUUAAAUAAAUAUAUUUGAAUUUAGCACGUGAUGCAUGUACAGGAAAGUUUUAAUUUAAGGAUGUUACAUUAUUGUUCAUUUGAGGAUUAAAAAUAUAAUAUUAUUGUUUAUGUUGACCAGCAUUGGUCUGUCUUAUAUCAUAAU